UUAUAUAUGUAAUGUGAGAUAAGCAAGUCCGACUGAAAGUAAGAACAGUUUCUGUCUUGAAUCGGAAAGUGUGGUCAACAUCUCGUCUCAUUCAAAAUGUGUAAUCAAAUUGUUGUUAUUCUGCUGUUGAGUUUAACUAUAUUCGGUGUAGUGUGGACGAUUGCAUCAGAUGAAUUGCGUGUGACAUUGUCAAAUGGAAGCAAAUUAGUGGGAAAGUAUCUACGAUCAAAUAAUGGAAGACCAAUAAAAGCAUUUACACGAAUACCAUAUGCAAAGCCACCACUCGGUAGACUUCGGUUCAAGGCUCCUGAACCAAUGGAAAAAUGGGACGGAGAAUACAAAGCUGUAAACGAUGGUCCAAUGUGUACUCAACGUGAUCCGUUUGUUCAUAGCUAUGUGGACGAAGGCAGUGAAGAUUGCUUGUAUUUGAAUGUUUAUGUACCACAUUCGUUUGAAGGAAAGUUGACAGAAUUGCCCGUUUUGACUUAUUUCCAUGGCGGUGGAUUUGUUUGUGGUUCUGGUAUAAGACCAAAGUACGGUCCAGACUAUUUUCUAGAUCACGACGUUAUACUGGUUACAUCGAAUUACCGCUUGGGUCCAAUCGGCUUUCUAAGCACCGAAGAUGCAAAUUGUCCCGGGAAUUUCGGGCUAAAAGAUCAAGCAAUGGUGCUUAAGUGGAUUCAACAAAAUAUUAAUCGUUUCGGUGGUGACCCAGAAAACGUUACCAUAUUUGGUGCCAGUGCUGGAGCAGCAAGUGUCACGUACUUAAUGAUGUCACCUCUAGCUGAAGGUUUAUUCUCCAAAGCAAUUGCUAUGUCGGGUACCCAUUUAGCCGCAUGGUCACAACCAGCUUAUGAGGGUGUCGCCCGAAAGCGAGCAACACGUCUUGCCAAACAGUUCGAAUGCUAUGAACCUAACAAUUGGAUACAAUCAAUAGACUGCUUGCGAAAUGUUUCAGCUAAAGAUAUCACAGCCGCGUUUUAUGAUUUCUUUGAAUUCGAUACGGAUCCCAUGGUUGCAUUUUCACCUGUUGUCGAGCCUGAUUUACCGGGUGCAUUUAUUACAAGGCAUCCGCGCGAUGAGAGAACUGAAAAAUCGCUUAAAAUACCAUUUCUCACUGGAGUUACUUAUGACGAAGGACUCAUGAAAUCGCUUCCAAUUUUCAACAUUCCCGGCUUAUUUGAUGAAUUUGUUAGAGACCUUAACUUUGCAUUAUCAAUUCUGUUUUAUUAUGAUCAUCAAGAUUUGUCCGUCCAAGAAUUGAUAACAGAACAAAUUAAUGAAUUCUACUUCAGCAAAAAUCUGUCAAGGAACCAUUUUGCAAAUGUGACUAAUCUCAUCAGUGAUGGAUGGUUUCUUGGUGCUAUGGAUUCAUAUUUACAAAUGAGACUUGCACAUAAUGAUGCUUCGUCAACGUAUGUUUAUCUAUUGACACACAAGGCAACUGCCAGCUUCUCAGAAAUAUUCAAUGGUGAUCCAGAAACAUUUUAUGGUGUUUCUCAUGCUGAUGAAAAGUUGUAUUUCUUUCCGGUUAGAGAAAAACUAUUUCCAUGUGCAAUACCGACGAAAGAAGAUGAAGAAAUGCGUAAAUCUCUUGUACAGCUGUGGGUUGACUUUUCUCGAACUGGUAAUCCAACGCCAAAUUCAAGCCACUUACCAAAAUGGCACGAAACAAGAGAUUUUCCAAUAACAUACUAUCGCUUGGGCAACCUAAAUUUCGAUGGCAAACCAAUGUUUGGAACAGAAAAAGGCGGAAUAUUUGAAGAACGUGCCAAGUUUUGGAGAGUUCUAGAGGCACGCAUACACUCUACUAAACCACAAAAAGACGAAUUCUAAUUGAAGACGAAUCCUUUGAUUUUUUAUGAUGCAAUGGUUUUAAUUUAAUGUUAUCUUAAUGCUAAUCAUAAAAUAUCUUGUUAGAUUAAUUGUCAUUGUUGACGUUAGAAGUGAAAAUUGGGUUGCGCUUCUUAUGCGAAUAAACGUAUGGGUUAAUGAUGUCCUCAGUACUGUACAAAAGAGAAACAGAAAUAAAUUAGAAAAAACAAAUUGAACCAAAUAGAAGAGCAUUUCAAUGAAUUGCAUGGGGAGAGACACCAUUAGUUAUUUUUUUCAAGUCCAUAUGAAUGUCCGAGAAUGAAAACGCAACUU